GAUUCGAGGGCCCGACAAAAAUAGUGCGCUUGCGCGCUGGGCCUGCGCGCUUGCCGGGUAGUCCUUCCAGUCGGUGCUGAGUGCGCCUGCGCCCUGAGGCUUCCAUUCUCACCCAGCCCCAGCAGCGGCAGCCUUGGGGCGGAGGAGCAGCCGCCGCAGCCAUGCACUGCAGUAGGUGCCGCGGGAAUUAAGCGGGAUCUGCUGCUCCCCCUUCUACCGCAUGCACCUUCUGUAGCGUCCAUGAGGCCGGUUUUACUUGCACCCCCCCUCCCCCGUCUGCCCUUCCAGCAGCUCCAGAAUGGACUGCUGAACUAGGAAAUAUUCCAGACCCAAUAGUACAGCAUUGCUGCACCACUCACCGCUUUAUCUAUUACUAGUUAUUUAAAUUGGACUUUUAAUAUCCUGCCAGCUGCUCUUCAGACACACAUGGUGCAUUGUUGCCAUUCCCAGAAUUGCAUCUUUGAAACCCAGGCCCUCAGUAACCUUCAUCAAACAAAGAGGCGACCUACAGGAUACAUUUAUAGUGGGGUUUCUCAGACCUACUGCCCUCUAGCUUUAUUCUCGCCGGUGCUGUAUUUCUAGCACACCAUGGAGCCCAGUAUGGAGUAUUGCUUAGCACAGGUGCUUCAGAAAGACGUUGGAAAGAGACUUCAGGUUGGCCAAGAGUUGAUAGAUUAUUUCUCAGAUAAACAGAAGUCUGCUGAUCUUGAACAUGAUCAGACUAUGCUGGAUAAAAUGGUUGAUGGACUUGCCACCUCUUGGGUAAAUUCCAGCAAUUACAAGGUGGUUCUGCUGGGGAUGGACAUCCUGUCUGCACUAGUGUCACGGUUACAAGAUCGCUUUAAAGCUCAGAUAGGCACAGUGUUGCCCAGUUUACUUGACAGGCUGGGAGAUGCUAAAGACUCAGUGCGGGAGCAGGAUCAGGCUCUGCUACUAAAAAUUAUGGAACAAGCUACUAAUCCUCAGUAUGUGUGGGACAGACUGUUGGGAGGAUUCAAACACAAGAAUUUCCGGACGAGAGAAGGGAUUUGCCUCUGCCUUAUUGCAACCCUCAACGUAUCCGGAGCUCAGAGUUUAACACUGAGUAAGAUUGUGCCACAUAUAUGUAACUUACUUGGAGAUCCAAACAGCCAGGUUCGAGAUGCAGCAAUAAACAGCCUAGUGGAAAUUUACAGACAUGUAGGUGAACGUGUAAGGGCAGAUCUCAGUAAAAAAGGAUUACCACAGUCUCGGUUGAAUGUAAUUUUUACAAAAUUUGAUGAGGUCCAAAAAUCUGGAAACAUGAUCCAGGGUGCAGGUGAUAAAAAUUUUGAUGAUGAAGACUCUGUGGACGGGAACAGACCUUCCUCGGCCAGCUCCUCUACAUCUUCAAAGGCCCCUCCAAACUCCCGCAGAGUUGGCAUGGGGACUGCUCGCAGACUUGGGUCUGCAGCUCUGGGCUCAAAGUCCACAGCAGCCAAAGAGGGAGCUGGUGCUGUUGAUGAGGAGGAUUUUAUUAAAGCGUUUGAUGAUGUCCCAACAGUUCAGAUUUAUUCCAGCCGAGACCUCGAAGAAUCCAUAAACAAAAUUAGGGAAAUCCUAUCGGAUGAUAAGCAUGACUGGGAGCAGAGAGUGUCUGCACUGAAAAGGAUCCGAUCCUUACUAUUAGCUGGAGCUGCCGAGCAUGAUAACUUCUUUCAACACUUACGCCUGCUGGAUGGAGCAUUUAAAUUAUCCGCUAAAGAUCUGCGGUCUCAGGUAGUGCGAGAGGCGUGUAUCACGUUGGGACAUUUGUCUUUAGUUUUGGGAAACAAGUUUGACCAUGGGGCAGAAGCCAUCAUGCCAACAAUCUUUAAUCUGAUUCCUAACAGUGCCAAAGUAAUGUCCACUUCUGGUGUCGUAGCUGUUAGAUUAAUCAUCCGACAUACGCACAUCCCUCGACUAAUACCCAUCAUAACCAGUAACUGUACCUCCAAGUCUGUUGCAGUUAGAAGGCGCUGCUUUGAAUUUUUAGACUUGCUGUUACAGGAGUGGCAAACACACUCCCUAGAAAGACACAUCUCAGUAUUAGCGGAAACAAUAAAGAAGGGAAUCCACGAUGCGGACUCUGAAGCAAGGAUAGAGGCAAGAAAAUGUUAUUGGGGCUUCCACAAUCACUUCAGCAGAGAAGCAGAACACUUGUAUCACACGUUGGAAUCCUCCUAUCAGAAAGCCCUGCAGUCACACUUGAAGAACUCAGAUAGCAUAGUGUCCCUGCCUCAGUCCGAUCGCUCGUCCUCCAGUUCCCAGGAGAGUCUCAACCGUCCAUUGUCUGCCAAAAGAAGUCCUACUGGAAGCACUACAUCCAGAGCCUCUACAGUGAGUACAAAAUCCGUGUCAACCCCAGGAUCUCUGCAGCGGUCUCGCAGUGACAUCGAUGUGAAUGCAGCAGCUAGUGCCAAGUCGAAAGUAACAUCUUCUGGAGCUUCCACCCCUUUCAGUUCCGCGGCAGCCCUGCCCCCAGGCUCGUACGCAUCACUAGAUGGUACUACCACUAAACCUGAGGGUCGGAUCCGUACGAGGAGGCAAAGCUCUGGAAGUGCCACAAGUGUUACCUCAACGCCUGCCGAUACCCGAGGCCGCAGCCGUGCUAAAGUAGUUUCACAGUCCCAGCGAUCCAGAUCAGCUAAUCCUGCUGGUGCUGGCAGCCGGUCUAGUUCCCCUGGCAAGCUGUUGGGAAGUGCAUACGGUGGACUGACCAGUGGAACAGCCAGAGUCCCACCAGUGCCAUCAUCCUCAGAGAAACGCAGCAAGAUCCCUCGAAGUCAGGGAUGCAGCCGAGAGACAAGCCCCAACAGAAUAGGACUAGCACGGAGCAGCCGUAUCCCCCGACCCAGCAUGAGUCAGGGGUGCAGCCGCGAUACCAGCCGUGAGAGCAGUCGAGAUACAAGCCCUGCUCGGGGCUUCCCUCCACUUGCUUCUCGACGUCAUUCCAGGUCCACUAGUGCUCUCUCCACUGCUGAUUCUGUUGGGCAGUCAGACCGGUUUGGACUUGGACAGCCAGGCAGGAUGCCUGCUUCUGUGAAUGCCAUGCGAGUCCUGAGCUCAAGCACAGAUCUGGAGGCUGCUGUGGCUGAUGCACUGCUGUUAGGAGACUCCAGGAGCAAGAAAAAGCCAGUGAGAAGAAGAUAUGAGCCGUAUGGGAUGUAUUCUGAUGAUGAUGCGAAUAGCGACGCAUCGAGUGCUUGCUCCGAACGCUCAUAUGGUUCCAGGAAUGGAGGCAUUCCACACUACCUACGACAGACUGAAGAUGUGGCUGAAGUCCUAAACCACUGUGCCAGUUCCAACUGGUCAGAGAGAAAAGAAGGGCUCAUCGGCCUUCAGAAUUUAUUGAAGAGCCAGAGGACACUGAGCCGAGUGGAGUUAAAACGGCUGUGUGAGAUCUUUACGCGCAUGUUUGCUGACCCUCACAGCAAGGUUUUCAGCAUGUUUCUAGAAACCCUGGUAGAUUUCAUCAUCAUCCAUAAGGACGACUUGCAAGAUUGGCUCUUUGUUCUCCUGACGCAGUUACUUAAGAAAAUGGGAGCAGACUUGCUAGGAUCUGUGCAGGCAAAAGUUCAGAAAGCUCUGGAUGUAACAAGGGAUUCUUUUCCAUUUGAUCAGCAGUUUAAUAUUUUGAUGAGAUUUAUUGUAGAUCAGACCCAAACACCAAACCUCAAGGUAAAAGUUGCAAUUCUGAAGUACAUUGAGUCCCUGGCAAGACAGAUGGACCCAACAGACUUUGUGAACUCCAGUGAGACCAGACUUGCUGUGUCUAGAAUCAUAACUUGGACAACAGAACCAAAGAGCUCAGAUGUAAGAAAGGCAGCACAAAUAGUCCUGAUUUCACUGUUUGAACUGAACACUCCUGAGUUUACCAUGUUACUUGGUGCCUUGCCAAAAACAUUCCAAGAUGGUGCUACCAAGCUCCUACACAACCACCUCAAGAACUCCAGUAACACUAGUGUGGGUUCUCCUAGCAAUACUAUUGGUCGGACACCUUCACGGCAUUCUAGCAGCAGGACCAGCCCCUUAACUUCCCCUACCAACUGUUCCCAUGGUGGACUGUCUCCAAGUCGUUUCUGGGGUUGGAGUGCAGAUGGGCUGUCGAAGCACCCCCCUCCCCUUUCUCAGCCUAACUCCAUCCCCACUGCUCCUUCCCACAAGACUUUCAGACGCUCUUACUCGCCCAGCAUGCUGGAUUAUGACACAGAGAACCUAAAUUCCGAUGAAAUCUACAGCUCUCUUCGUGGAGUCACAGAGGCAAUUGAAAAGUUUAGUUUCCGUAGUCAAGAGGAUCUGAAUGAACCAAUCAAGCGUGAUGGGAAGAAGGACUGUGACGUGUCUCGAGAUGGUGGAAUAGCUGCACCUGCCAGUGAUGUACGGGGAAGCAGUGAUGUCAUGGAAGGAGGAAGGAUGGCUCUAGAUAACAAAACCUCUCUACUUAAUACUCAGCCUCCACGCGCCUUUUCAGGGCCCCGAGCCCGAGAUUACAACCCCUACCCUUAUUCGGACACAAUCAACACCUACGACAAGACUGCCUUAAAAGAGGCUGUGUUUGAUGAUGAUAUGGAUCAGCUUCGGGAUGAAGUAUCCAUUGAUCAUUCCGAUUUGGUGGCUGAUCUUCUGAAAGAACUGUCCAACCACAAUGAACGGGUGGAAGAACGGAAAGGAGCCCUGCUUGAGCUACUGAAGAUCACGCGAGAAGAUAACCUGGGAGUUUGGGAGGAACAUUUCAAAACCAUUUUGCUCUUGCUGCUAGAAACACUUGGAGACAAAGAUCAUUCAAUAAGAGCCCUGGCUUUAAGAGUAUUGCGGGAGAUCUUAAGAAAUCAGCCAGCAAGGUUUAAAAACUAUGCGGAGCUAACCAUCAUGAAAACACUGGAAGCACAUAAGGAUUCCCACAAAGAGGUUGUCAGAGCUGCUGAGGAAGCUGCUUCCACCCUGGCCAGUUCCAUACACCCUGAACAGUGCAUCAAAGUGCUCUGCCCCAUCAUUCAAACUGCUGACUACCCCAUUAAUCUAGCUGCCAUCAAAAUGCAGACAAAAGUCAUUGAAAGGAUUUCAAAAGAAUCUUUACAUCAGCUCCUUCCUGAUAUCAUCCCUGGAUUGUUACAGGGCUACGAUAAUACAGAGAGCAGCGUUCGCAAAGCCAGUGUGUUUUGCCUAGUGGCAAUUUAUUCAGUAAUUGGAGAAGAACUGAAACCUCAUCUUGCACAGCUCACAGGAAGCAAGAUGAAGCUACUAAACUUGUACAUAAAGAGGGCCCAGACCACCAAUAGUAACAGCAGCUCAUCUUCAGAUGUCUCAACGCACAGUUAAUGGAGAUAUCUGGACAUGUGUGUAGACUUAGAAGCAAUCAGCGGUGCCUCUCAGAGACCUUUCUGCUACCCUUUCUUCAUUGGCACGUCCCAUCAGCUAAAGGAGGCCAUGCAGAUAUUUAUUGCAAUCAGUAUUUUAGUCCUUUAAAGCUUUUAUGUAGACUCUUAUUGGUACUGAAUGUAAAGGAAGCAAGGCCUGUGUUGCAGUCCCCAUUUAAGAAAAAACAACCAUAGAAAGCCAUACUUAAACAUAUUGGUAUAGCCAGCUGAAAUCUUUACCAUAUGUUUAGGUUGCAGUGUUUCAAAACUGAGUUCAAAUAACAUGUUCAUGCUUAAAAGUGAAAUGAAUCCUUUUUUAAGUUAAUUUGACACAAAGUUUUGGUUUUUAAUAUGUUAAUUACCUGCUGUAUAAACAAUUUUUCCUCUGGGUGUAACCAUUUUGGCUAGACCCUUCACCUCACAAGUGCUGUGGUGUGUCCCCAUUUUAUAACUCUGAUCUGAAACUCGCCUAAACUGCAAGAUCUUGAUGAUGAAAUCUUUGCAAAUAUUGCCAUGCUUCUGGCUUUUAACUCUUUAAGACAGAUAGGUACCUUUAAUGAGAGAUAAAGCUCCAGAUUUCCAUAUGGGCUAAGAAUUUCUCUGUAGCUUUUCCUCACCCGCCAGUAUUGUCUAACAAGAGCAGCCUGGGUCUCCCGACUUUAACUAACAGUGUUAACAUCAGCCCUGCCUUCCACCUUCUUCCAUUGCUCAGAAGACCCUGGGGCUUAAUUUUAAAGGCAGGAUAGUGGGUUUGUCAUCAGGACUGCACAGUGGAGACUUGCUAAAGUCUGUGAAACUAGCUGAGAAAUCUUUAUUUUUGUUGAAGUCUGUUCUGAAAGGAUCUGAUCUACAACUCUGGUUUGACACCUCUGGUGAUGGAUAAUGAAUAGCCGUAAUUACCAUGGGCCAUUCCCCUCCACACUUCUGAACCUCAUUUGGCUCAGGAAAUGUAAAGGAGAAGUCUUAACCGGACAAAAUAUUCCUGUAAAUUUAAACUUGCUAUGGGGCUUGGCCCUAGUAUUUAAUAAGACAACACCCCCAUCUCCUCACACCCGCACACGACCUUGUGCCUAAAAAGCCUGCAAUGUAGUUAACCAGCAUUUUAACCUCUUCCUCACCGACAGAACCAGAGUACAAUCCUGCAAGGCACUUAGCACCUCUGGAUAGGUGUUGAGUGCCCUCAGCUGGCAUUGGCUUCAGUGGAGAUGGUGUCGCUCAGCCCAUCCAGGAUCAGGCCCCUGUAAUAGGGAAGGCUGGGGCAAUUCUUUAAUGGACUGAUCAGCAAGGGGAAAACUUAGAACCAACCCAGCCCCAGUCCAAUAUACCACAUCAGCGUUCUUUACUUGGGUCCCUGCUGUUUGCAUGUUGGCCAUGCAGAGGGGCGCUCCCAAGCGCUGCACAUCCCCUGCAGAGCAUCAUGGAAUCCACGUAGACACCCACCCAGGGAAGGCUAAUGCCAUGUUGACUCAAUGUCCCCCAAUCAGUUUGUUGAAAAACCUGAUUCUGAGAGGUGCUGAGUGGCCUUCAGCUCUCAUUGAAAUCAAUAACAGUUAAGGCUGCCUCAGGACCCAGCAGAAUCAGGCCCCAAAGCAGCAGGUUUUUCAGCCUCUUUCAUCCCUUGUGUGACAAAGUGGAAGGGACAGUCCGGCUCCUGGAUUUUUCAGGAUGGGCCUGAUCCUACAUUGGCUGCAGGAUCAGGCCAUUUGUCUGGUGCUCUUCCUGCAUGUAACUCCAUCAUAAGAUCAUAAGGAUCUUUACUAGCCUGUAUUGUGGUGUUUCCCCAAAGAUUCACCGCAGACUCGAAAAUGCCUUCAUUGGAGGGAGGCUGUUAUAACCUGUGCUAGCCGUUAAAAUCCAAUUUCCCUUCGCGUGGGCCAUUCACUUUCACCCCUUCUGAAGAUGCUUGCUAGAGGUUUUCUUCUUCUUUUUUAAAUUCUUGUUGUGGAUGAUUUGAAUUAUUUUAGUUUAAUGUGAAUUAAUUUUCCCUUUUGAGGAAAUACUCAAUCAGUAUGUUGGCAGCAAUGAGCUGUCGCGUUUGAAUUUUUAGGGAGUUUUAUUUUUAAACUGCUUUCCUAACAGUCAGUAUUUUAAAAGUCUCUUUUCCCAUCUCAGUUCAGCGUCUUCUGAGGUCCAUACCCCAGAAGGGGAAUGCAAUGUCUGCGUAAUUGACUGUGUUGCAUGCUUAGUCCUUUCAACUGUUUGACAUAUCUUGUUCCAUCCCGGUUUGCUUUUUGUUUGUUUGAAUGGCACACUGUAGCAGAUCUAUGAGAAUUGAAUUCCUUCUGAAAUGAUUUUAUAUAUUUUAUAAAAUACUGUUAGUAUGCACUGAGUGAAUGCACUGUAACGUCCAUAAACUGACCUACUGCAUAUGCUGACACUACAGUACGAAUUAACAACUCGUCUCUUAGAAAUACAUGUGAAAUAUGUUGCUGCUGCUGCUUUGAGACUUCAGUGAUGAGCUUGUAUUUCCAGAUGUUAUUAGCAUAAUUGGGGCUGCAAAUCACAGAACCAGGCCUUACUUUCUUAAUCAGAUACUGUUUUGUUUAUCCACAGAUGCUCAUUAAUGUGAUACUUCGUUUCAUUACACAAGUCAAUCAAAGACUGUUCAUCCUUUGAGUACUCUAGAUGUCUGUUAUACCCAUAUAUAGUAGGAGGCAUUCUGCUUAGAUUAUUUAUAAAUUCAUUUGCGAAUAAUGUACAUAGUAAGGUUGGUUUAGAGUUUUGAACAUGACCUGGUUUUCCUUUGAAAUACUCAAAGGGCUAGCUGUGAAUGUCACUUGUAUGAUCUCCAGUGUUCUGCAUUCUAAAAGCUGUUCAAUCAUAUUUUCUUUCGCAAGCAUAAAGGUCUCUCUGGCUACAAAUCUGACAAUUUCCGGGCACCUUUGCAGAGAAGGAUCUGCAUGUUGGCAAAACAUCACUGCGACACUGAGGCAGGUGUUAAUGUUUUCCCAGCAGUAGCCACCUACAACAGCUGCCUUUUUCUUGCUGCCCAUUAUACGGGGCUUCAGUUUUUGGUAUCUUACAAGAAAAAGGUUUCUUUGAUUUGCCCACCAUGCUUAUAAAGUCUGACUGUGAGGAACUGUGAAAAGACCAGCACCCUGUGGCUGUGGGGUUGCUUAAAUCUCAGACAAGGAUGGCCAUUCUAUCAUUGGUUGUACCAGUGCUCCGUGGGCAUGAGCAAAUCAAUUGAUACAUCCCCCUCACAGUUUUAAGUACUGUAGUUCUCUCAUGUAGUGCAGAAUUAUUGAGGCAUGUGGCUUUCUUAAGGUACACUAUGUGUGCUUGCCUGGAUGACAAGACAAGACUUCUUUUCUAUUGCUUAUUACUAGCUUACCAAUAACCUGUAUAAGUAACGUAACUCGCAUCUUUGUCAUCUAAAUCUUUUCCCCCUCCUCAUCCCUUUAUUUAUCAAGCAUAAUAUGACAUAUUAAGGGACAGAAAAUAAAACUCUGUAGAAUACAGCAGGACUUUGCUAACAAUAAUGUUUUAAAUGGGAAGUAAAAACUGCUCUGAAAAAUGUCAGCCAUAAGAAAUGAUUUUGUUGGCACCGUGUUCAUGCGCAUGUAUUUUUUUUUUCUUUUUUUCCUUCUUUUUUUGGCUUUUGUCAUGUUACAUCCAUAUCUGUAUUUAUAUCUUCUUUGUUUAACUUUUGAGUGUAUCAUGGCAAAUGUACAGAUGUUUUUUGUUAACAUUUAUGUGAUAGAAUUUGCUAAAAAAAAAUAAAAAUAAAACCUUUUGAGUUUGCCCUAGAAUAAAUUAAACUUAAGUUUAA